CGAAAAAUUUGCGUUUUUAAAAAAUAUUCAGGAAAAUAACAUUAAAUAAAGAAAAACAGAACAUUAAACUAAGCAAAAUCUAUCUAGUGUUACGUCUUUAUUCAUAAUUCAUUGAAGUAAUAUUGAAAUAAUAUCAAUAAGUUGUGAAAAUUAAUAAAAAACAUAAUUUAACCUAAUUUAAUAGAGAUGAAAUUUCGUGAAGUUAUAAUUCCGGACUAUGCAGGAGAAGAAUGGAAGGAUAUCAAGCUUAAUAUUGGUGGAAGUCAUAGCACAUUACAAGACAUUAAGGUACAAAAGCAAGCAGCUGGAUUUUGCUACAAAAACGACGAGUUUAUUCGAAAUAGAUUUAUUUAUUGGAGAACUUGUGAUGAUACAGUGCUGGAACUAAGUGAAAACAGCUUGGAUGUUAAUUUAAAGCAUAAGAAUCUAAGAUUAACAUUUGAGGAAUCACCAAUAUUAUCAGUUUUCAUUAGUGAGAAUCAAGAUCAUGUAAUUAUACUCGUAGCAACGAUCAGUAACAUCCAUCGAUUCCAAUUCAUUCAUCCUCGACGGAAUAUCAAUGCAAAUGGCGAACAAAAUGAAAAUUCAAUCUUUAGUUCUAUUACACAAGAGACUGUUAAAGAUCCAACAUCGUAUUACACCAUUAGUAACUUAUUGGCACAAAAUGUCCCUCACAGUGCAUCCUGUUAUCUCUCAUUGACUAGUGAGGAAGCAUAUUUUGCAGUAGCACAUACAAAUCAUCUUCUAUUGUUCCAAAUGAACUGCUUUACUGGACAUACAGGAGUUACGGAACUGAAAAACUUUCAAAUCUUUCCGAAAAUCUUCAGCAACUUUACAGACGCAAUUCGUGGAAAAAGUAAUGUAAAUGACAGUAAUUAUGUUACAUCUAUGGUAUUUGAUACUAUUGGAGGUGAAAAUGUCCUUUAUGCGCUCUAUCGUGAUAAUAACAUUCGAAUGUGGUCUACAAGAACUGGACAAUGUCUAUUUACUCUCAAUAUACUCAAGGACAAUGAUGAACGUAGAAGUCAAGGAACACAAAAUAACAUCCUGAAAAAGUCAACAACAUCCACAUCAAUUUGUGUCUUUUUAUCCUAUGGAAGUGGCGCUGAAUUUCAGCUAUUUAAACCAACUUGGGAUGGUGCUAAUUCAUUCGCUAUAGUUCCAACAAACCUCAUCGCUGCGCCACAAUUUGAUUUAGUCGAUUUUGAAGUCACCGACCAAAAAUUGUGGGGAUUAUGGUGUAAUUCUGAAGGAGACAUGCACAUUUCUGCUUAUUUUUUGGAACCAGCAUCUAUGGAAUGUUGGAGAACAGCUGUCUUGGAAGGGAUAUCAGGGAAGAGACGAACAGUUGAAGCUGAAAUGGAUGCAAAACAUAUUUAUUGUUCAAACAUCUUCCGACCAGGCAAAUUUCAAGCUUCAACAAUUUCUAAAGCAUUGAUGAUGUUUAGUCGAUCAACAAACUACAGUGAUGCAUUCACUCCAAUGCAUAUCCUUAAAGAGCGAGUAUGUCAAGCAAUUGAUGCAGAGAUCCAGAACGAGAUGAAAAUGCAUGAUCUCAGUGAGGACGAGUACAUAGAAGUAGCUAUUAAUAGUUGGGAAAAGUUUUAUUCAUGCUGCGAACAAUAUCACAUUGCAGCACAUCAAGCAGUCGGAAUAUUCGUGCUGGAUUCUCUAGAUGCUGUUUGCGUUAUUAAGACCAGUCUAAUGUCAUUUCUACGACCAUGCGAUAUCAUCGAAAAUAUGCUUUUAUCUGGCUUAUGUCCAGUAGAAUUUGACAGUGACGACAGAUUUGAACAAGAUUUAGCUGGUCUUGUUAAGACGCUGUAUUAUUUAGAGAAUAAUUUGUCGAUGGAUGUAAAAAUAGAAAUAUCCAAUAAUCUCUUCAAGCUUAAAAUGGCAAAUGUCAUAAUAUCGGACUUAUUAUCGCAAAUGAGAAGUGAGGAUGAUUGCAAUGUUGCAAUACCGAGAGAACUGAUUGAAGAUGUUGCUGAAAAGUUAAGAGCUAUAAGAGAUGUCCAAUCCACAAUCAGUGUCUUAUUAAAUUUACUGAGACUUGACAAGAACAAUUUUAGUGAUGAUGAGUUCAACGAUGAGUUGACUACUUUCCAAAAACAACUAUUUGGUGGAAAUUAUGGAAGUUCCUUAGUGUCUGAGACUGUAAGACAAAUUUCAUCAAGUCGAUUUGCAAUGUGCAGGAACUUAUUGAUUGUCCAAAAUAUUUUAAUUGAUGGAUUUUCAUUAAAUUGUAAUGAAGCUGAAAUUAUUAGAUCCAAGCACAUCCCUGAAACUGUCAUUUUUCUUCAAUCUUAUUAUGUUAUGGUGUGGAUCGGUGAAGAUGCUUUUGCAGCACCACAGCCUAAAGCUAAUAUGGUUGGAUUUAAUACACAAGGUGGAUACAGUCAAUCAUCAUCAUUAUUGCAACUAUUUGUUAAAAAUAAAGGCUUACAAAAAGCUCUAAAAUUGUACUUUAAUUCUGAUCAAAUGGACGAUGACAAUGAUGAUUAUGAGACUGAUAAUUUCUGGUCUAAAAACUUACUGAAAAUUGCCAGUUAUAUUGAACGUUUCAUUUGGGCAAUUUCUGGUCGUUUCAUAUUCGGCGAAUGGCUGUCAACAACACAACAGCAUCUUCUCAUUGAAGAAUUUGUGAGAUUACUAAACGAAUGGUGUGAAUACAAUAGCUGCUCACGUCAAUUUGUCCUUGGCUUAUCAUUUUUGGAAACUGGCGAAGCAAACAAAGCAUUUGACAUGUUCAUUAAGUCAGCAAAAGGAGUCUUAUCAGAGCCAUUUUUAUCAGCUUAUGUCGGUGCACAGGAUCUUAAAACAAGCAAUGAAAUCCUCGCACAGUACUACCUUAAAGUCAUGAGACUAUUUGAAAAAUAUGAAAUCUACGAUUGCGUCAUAAAUAUUGCAGAAAUAGCGAUUGGAACAGCUGAUAAAGAGUCACAACUUGCAAUGUUUCAAAGCAUAAUUUUUAACAAUCAUAUGCAUUUGAAGCACUAUGAGGAAGCUUAUCAUUCAUUGAUCCACAAUGUUGAAUUGUCACGACGUAAAGACUGCUUACGGCAAUUGGUCAUUAUGCUCUUUCAAGAGAAGAGAUUUGAUAUUCUCAUAAAUUUACCAUACAAUGGUCUCGAACAGGAUUUACAAAAUAUUGUAGAGACGAGAGCUCGAUCAAUGCAAAUUGAGAACAAUGAGCACUACAAUUUCCUUUAUUCAUAUCACAUAAAAACCAGUAAUAUGAAGAGAGCAUCAGUUGUUAUGUAUGAGAAGGCAUUGCGUUAUUUAUAUGAGGGUGGAACAGUUGAAGCCUUACAGCAUCGUUAUAAUAGCUUAUUGGCAUGCUACAAUGCACUCUUACUUGUUGAUAUUGCGUAUAGAUGGCUAGCGAAGCCAGUUAUUGAAGAUCCAAAAAAUAAUGAUGAUGAUGUGGAUGAUGUUAUGGACAGUGAGUCAACAACACAAAUAGAAGUGAUUGAUAUAGAGGAAAUAAAGAAGGAAUUGCUUGUGGCUGAAGCUCUUUUAUGUGUUGCGAAAGCAAAAGAUUUAAAAUUAAUUAUGCAAAUGGGACCAAAGGAAUUGGUUGUGCUGUUAUCGACACAAAAGUUCUAUACGAAUGCAUUGAAAUUAGCUAAAGGAUAUAAACUGCCAUUGACGCCAAUUUUUGAGAGCUUAACGCUUGCUAGCAUAAAAUCAUCGAAUAUCGAAUUCAAUGACAAUCUUGACUGGCUCAACCAAAAUAAUCUUAGUGAUUUAACGCUAACAGUAAGCUUUAGUGAAAUGCCAUGGAUUUAUUUGCGAAAACUACUCGAGGAAGAAGAUUCAGAAAUGGUGUAUUAUCGUGAUGUCGUUAAGCAUAUUCUGGCAAAUCAAGCAUUUAUACCACAAUGGCUUUUGGAUACGUACAAGAAGCAGAAAGCAUCCGAAUUACUUUAUCUCUAUCUUCAAUAUGGACGUCUUGAUGAAGCCGCUGAAUUGGCAGUUGAUUUUGUGCGAGCAUAUCUUGGAUAUGGAAAUGAAUUAUUUGGAUUUAAACAUUAUGUUGCUAAAACUCAUCCAUCAUUUCCUAUUAACACAAUGGAUUUGCUGUUAUAUCAGUUGAAGGCUCAUGGGGAGAAGGAUAAGAUGUGUCAAGAGAACUACAACUUACUAAAAUCAUCAAUAGAUGAGUACCUUAAGACAGCUAACACAAUGACGCUGGAAAGUAUGAUCAUGUAAAAUGGAGAAAAUCGUCAGCAUUUUUAUUGUCUUAAAUUGUCACAUUAAAUUUAUUAAACUUGUUAGAUUAUACAAUACUUCUUACAAUUCUAUGAGAAAUAAAUUUUCUUUUUUCAUAAGUUUUAAUUUUUUUUGGUAAAAUUUUCGAGUUAAUUCUUAAAUUUAAUGAUCCUUAUGUUACUUCCAAGCAGCUCGAACUUGGCUUAAUUCCCUCACCAGGGAUUUUAAUGUUGACAUUAUGUAUGAUUGAGCUCGGAUCAGCCGUAUGUGAUCGAGAAAUGUGUAGAUUCUUAUUAUUAUUAUUUCCUGAACUAUUUGAACUUUUCCACGUUUUAAUUCUCACAAAGAGAUUUUUGUAUGCAUUUCGAUACUGCGACGAUCCAACAGCAUAUAUAAUUGGAUUUAUGACAGCAGACGACCACGCAGAAACAGAUGCCAUCACAUGAAAUGCUGGAUAUUUCAUAUCUUUCUCAUCGAAUACAUUCACUAACAUUAAUGGAAGGAAGCACAUUAUGAAGCACAAGAAAAUGACCAGCAUCAUGAUUGUCAAUCGCAAAUCAUUUUUAUUACGGAAGAAUUUUAAUUUACUUUUAUUCGGACUCGUCGUGUCAAAUUUAUUUAAUUUUGCAUGCUGCUUACGGACCGUAUUAAAUAUACAUGAAUAUGACAGAAUUAUGAUGAAACACGGCAAUAAAAAUCCAACAAGGAAGAUGAAUGUUUUUGGUGAUUUUCCAUCCUUUUUGAGUAUUGUACAUGAGAAUGUUUUUGGCUCGUGACCAAGCUCGCCCCACAAGCCCGACAGCGGAAAGAACUGCAAUAAAAAAAUAUGUAAAUAAGAAGCAAAUUCAAUUUUGAAGGUCGAUUGAGGAACAGUAAGCAAAUAUUCGACAGAUGACACAUCAGACUUUCUUAUCAAUAGCUAUAAAAUCUACUUUGCGAGUGCUGAAUAUAAAUGCAAAUGAUGAGUAUAAAGCUACGGAUUUUUUAUGGUCAUGGAAGUCUGAUUUUAUCAGUAGAUCGCUUUGAAUUGCCAGAAAAUUGA